GUAUCUUUUCUGGAAGGCCCAAGAUUAGCAAAACGAGAGAGAAUCGGAACUCGCUGCGUUCAACUUGAAACGUAACCUUGCUCUCGCUCUCAGUUCGUCGAAUCGGGUGCUUCCUCAUUAUUCUUUUUCCGAUUGUUAUCAGACGUUCAAAUUCAUCGCGUAUGGAAAACGACGAAGAGCAGUGCAUCGGUUCACUUCACAAAAACAAAAAGAAACAGGGUUCCAGCAGCAAAGCUGUUCCGAAAUCUCAGCAACACAAUACUGCGAAAGGGACCUCCAAUGUGAAGGUGGAAGUUCCCGAGGAACCCAAUCGUAAGCGGAGCUCGAAAAAGAUUUCUGAUUGUAAAGCUAAACCCAUGAAACAAGAGGCUGUUGACGAUUUUCAAGUGUGUAAAUCCAAAACCGCGGUUAAAAAAAAUGAAAAGUUGCAGAAAAAGAUGAAGGGUGAAGAACAAGAGGGCGAGGAGGAUUACAAAGAUUGUAAACCCAAAAAUGCUGAUAAUAAAACAGAAAAGGAAAAGGUGAAGAAAGAGGAAGAGCUGCAGAUUAUUACUGGAAAGAAAAAGGAGAAGAAGGUUUAUGAUUUGCCUGGUCAGAAGAGGGAUCCUCCAGAGGAGGGUGACCCAUUAAGGAUUUUUUAUGAAUCGCUAUACAAACAAUUGCCAGAAAGUGACAUGGCUACAAUCUGGAUGAUGGAGUCGGGUUUGCUACCAAAAGAGAAGGCGGCACAAGUUUUUGAGAAGAGACAAAAGAAGUCAAUAAAAUUUAGUUCCCCAAUGAAAGCUGUUGGCGGCAGUGUAAAGAGGGAAACUGAUUGUGUCAUCGAUAAGGAGAAGAAGAGGAAUAGGCCUUCCCCAGCUGCUGCUGCUGCUUCACAGAGAAAGCGAACUGCCCCAUCAAAACUGUCAAACAAGACUAAUAAUAAUAAACGCAAGAAGGAUGAUGAUGAUGAAACCGGAGUAUCAGAUGCGGGCAAUGACGACGACGACGACUUUGUUGCUGCUCCAAGGAAGAAACGGAAGACAUCCUCAUAGCUUGUGGUGAUAGGGCAUUAGUUAGUGACAUUUUGGGUUUCUAAUCUAAUUUGGGGCUUGCCUUAUCGCUCCUACCCAUUACACCUUUUUCUAACUACUAAAGCUCGUUUGGAUCAUCAUCAUUAAUGAUAAUAUUAUAAUAUUAAUUAUUAUUAUUAUUAUUAAGAAAAAAUUCAUUAA